AUCAUUAUCAUUCCUUUUCACUCUUUUGUUCGCGCGUCGAACGUUUUACUGUUACUUAUCGAAGAACACAAUUCUACAUCCUAGAUUUUUGUGGCUAUUCAAUUUAUUUGCGUGAGGCUAGAUGUGAAUGCGUGUCAGGGAGUUUUAAAGUUGAGCGCUGUGUUAUCCAUGGAUGGAUAAGGAGAGCGGUACUAUGCUUUUCAACUUGGAAGAAAUCAGAUUCCAACCACGUUAAGGGCUUUAAGAAAAUGUCAGCUUUAAGGACGAUGAUGCUGUUUCAGUCCUCUUCUGCUCUGUUGAACUCAACAAGGGCUUCUAUUAUUCCUUGCCGUUUUCCCACGCGCAGGGGUUAUGUAGGGUUUAAGGCAGUACGCAGCGGUUCCUACUCGUCCUCCUCAGCGGUCACACUUGCAGACAAUUCCAAAGAAGAUGCUGAUGGCGGCGGUGAUACUCAACAGGCUCGUGCAAUUUCUCUACUUGAGAAGCUAAGGUCGAGGCACCUCAAAGAUUUUCAGCUUCAGAAUGCCAAGUCCAAAAGUAAGAGCGACACAAGCGCUGCUUCUAAAAGGGAAAGCAAAAAGACUCCCAAUCCCACAGUUUCAUCCUUUGGCGAGAUGGGACUUUCAGAGGAGAUUAUGAGGGCUGUGCAGGAAUUGAGUAUAUCGGUUCCCACGGAAGUGCAGUGCCUGGGAAUACCUGCAAUACUGAAUGGGAAAAGCAUUGUUUUGGCCUCCCACACUGGCUCUGGGAAGACACUCGCCUAUAUGCUCCCUCUCGUUCAGCUCUUAAGGAAAGAUGAAUCAAAAGUUGGCAUGCAGACAAAGCCAAAAAGACCUCGUGCUGUCAUUUUAUGUCCUACCAGGGAGCUUUCAGAGCAGGUAUUUCAAGUAGCGAAGUCUAUAUCGCAUCAUGCACGAUUUCGAUUAACAAUGAUAAGUGGUGGAGGCCGCAUGAAGCCUCAGGAGGAUGCUUUAAGCUAUCCACUCGAGAUGUUAGUGGGUACACCUGGAAGGUUGCUUGAACAUAUUAAUCAGGGCAAUAUGUUUUAUGGCGAUAUCAAGUAUGUGGUCCUUGAUGAAGCAGAUACCAUGUUUGAUCGUGGCUUUGGUCCCGACCUUCGCAAAUUUUUAAACCCACUGAGAAAUCGUGCUUCAAAACCUGGGGAUCAAGGUUUUCAGACAGUUUUGGUAACAGCAACCAUUACAAAGGCUGUCGAAAAGCUACUUGAUGAAGAAUUUGAAGGGAUAGUGCAUAUGCACACUUCAACCUUACACAAAAAGAUUGCAUCUGCACGCCAUGAUUUCAUAAAGCUUUCUGGAGAUGAAAACAAACUGGAGGCACUUUUGCAGGUGCUAGAACCAAGCCUUGCAAAGGGCAAUAAAGUGAUGGUCUUCUGUAAUACGUUGGGCUCCAGUCGUGCAGUUGAUCAUUUUUUGAAUGAAAAUCAAGUUCUGACAGUGAAUUAUCAUGGUGAAGUGCCUGCAGAAAAGCGAAUUGAGAAUCUCAACAAGUUCAAGAGUGAUGAUGGUGAUUCCCCUACAUUAGUCUGCACGGAUUUGGCAGCUCGGGGACUUGAUUUGGCUGUUGAUCAUGUGAUUAUGUUUGAUUUUCCUCAUACACCAAUAGAUUACCUACAUCGUACUGGAAGAACUGCUCGAAUGGGAGCAAAAGGUAAAGUGACAAGCCUUAUCACAAAGAAGGAGAUUACUCUAGCAAGUGAAAUUGAAGAUGCUAUACGAAACAAUGAGAGCUUAGAGGGGCUUACUACUAUAAAAGAAAAACAUGAAGCGAGAAAACAGAAACAGAUCCAUCAAAAAAUGAAUGAAAAUGUGAAACCUAAAGAGAGGACAUCUUUUCAAAAAGGAACUAAAACUCAGAGGGCUGGAUGGGCUCCAUCAUCAAAGCUAGGCUCUAAGGCAGUUAGAUCUUCUGCAACAAAAGUGUCUAAAAUUCCUAGGUCUGGAAGGAAUCCAUCACUGAAGCUGGGCACACAGGCAUUGAGAACUUCUGCACCAAAAAAUUCUAAAGUCAGUUCCCAAAAGACCAAACAGGUAAAUGUUACUGCUUUGGGUGCCAAGAGAAAACAGGAAUCUACGCAGAAAACUUUUAAAAUCACGAGUACUAGAAAAGCAAAAGGGACACCAAAGGUAUGGAAGACCGAGCAAGCAUUGACAUCUAGACUCUCUGUAGUUGGCUUUAAAGGUAAACAAAAAUCUUCAGAGAAAGAGGGAAAAGGUUCAGGGAAGAGAAAGGCAUAGUUUUAUUGUAUGUAUUAUGUUUUUGAUUCCCUUCUGUCCUGUAAGGCCUUUUUGAAGCAACACAGAUCUAAGUACAGGUUGUGGCGCAGACAAAAAUGAAACUAAUAAGAAGAGUCUGUAGAUUCACAAAGACAUUGGAGUUCCAAAGCACAUUUUCAAACAAGAUCACCUGUGAAACAGAAUGUAGGACUUUAACAUGCCAACCGGGAACAUUUGCUUCUAGGCCUAGGCCUUGCUGGAGCAGUUUUGUAAAUGGGUAUCACAUUGGAAGUACAUGUACUCUUGGAUAACUUUGAGUGCUAAUCGAGAAAUUAUUUAUUGCUUGUGAA